AUGAUAAGUGGGCCCAUUUAUUUGCUUAACUGUAAGAUUCCUCUUUCUCCUCUCUCUCUCAAAACACAUUUCAAGUCAAUUUUCUGCUCGGUCAACUACAACCCUCACCGGCGGCGACUAUGGGCAACUGCUUCUCCGGCGACGGCCACGGCAAGUUCGCCGUUGGCGGCACUUCUUCUGCUCCUAAUACUCAUGCUUCAAACGACGCCGUUGAUAACUUUUUCAGUUCUCGCGGCCACAGAGGCCUCUUCUCUCAGAUCGAGCUAUCUCUAUCUGCUUCAAACUUGCGUGACAGAGAUGUGCUUUCCAAGAGCGAUCCUUUGGCAGUUGUAUAUACCAAAGGAAAAGACGGUUCGCUGCAGGAGCUUGGGCGUACAGAAGUUGUUUCAAAUUCAUUAAAUCCUCAGUGGAUCACAAAAAUAAACGUUACUUAUUGUUUCGAGACAGUUCAAACACUCUUGUUCCGUGUGUAUGAUGUUGAUACCCAGUUUCAUGGCCCAGAAGUAAAGACACUUAAACUGGACGAUCAGCAAUAUUUGGGCGAGUGUACUUGCAAGUUGUCUCAGAUAGUCACUGAUCCAAAGCGCUCCUGGACCGCAGAUCUUGUGACCAUCGCAGAAUCAACCGAGUCAACUCGGCCUAAAAAACUUGGACAGCUCACCGUCAAUGCAGAAGAAGAACUUAUCUCCAAGACUACUGUAGAGUUGACGUUUAGAUGCUCAGAUUUAGAAAAUAAAGAUUUUUUCUCCAAAAGUGACUGUUUUCUAGUAAUUUCAAAAUAUGUGCGGAGUGGGGCGAGUGGGCCCACUAUUCCAAUUUGCAGAACAGAGGUUCUGAACAACAAUCUUAACCCUAAAUGGAAACCGAUUUUUUUAAACAUGUCACAAGUUGGCAACAAGGAUGCCCCACUGAUUAUCGAGUGCUUUAACUUUAAUAGUAACGGAAAGCAUGAUCUGCUUGGCAAAGCUCAAAAGUCGAUUGCUGAGUUGGAAAAGUUAUCUUCUAGUAAGCAGGGAGAGAACCUAUUUUUACCCGUAUAUAUCGGGAAAGAUCAUCAGUCAAAGGUGUUGAAAAGUCAACUUUUCGUGGACGAGUUUUCCGAAAGUGUUCGUCAUUCCUUUCUGGAUUACUUACUUGGUGGAUGUGAAAUGAAUUUCAUGGUGGCCAUAGAUUUCACAGCUUCAAAUGGAAAUCCCCGACUGCCAGACUCGUUACAUUAUGUUGACCAUUCUGGACGCCCGAAUGCAUAUCAGAAAGCAAUACAAGAGGUUGGAGAUGUACUGCAGUUUUACGAUCAUGAUAAGGAGUUCCCUGCAUGGGGCUUUGGAGGACGCCCGAUUGACGGUCCCAUUAGUCACUGUUUUAACCUUAACGGAAGCAGUGGCAACAAGCCAACGGUUUCAGGCAUUCAAGGAAUUAUGAAUGCAUACGGACAGGCGCUUUCUAACGUUUCACUUGCCGGGCCCACCCUAUUUGGACCUGUAAUUAACUCUGCAGCAAAACUAGCCAGCGAAUCAGUUGCAGCUGAUGAACACAAGUAUUUUGUAUUAUUAAUCAUAACAGACGGAGUUAUAACCGAUCAACAGGAAACAAUUGAUGCCCUUGUGAUGGCAUCCGAUCUGCCUCUCUCGGUCCUCAUUGUCGGUGUUGGUGGGGCCGACUUCAAGGAGAUGGAGAUUUUGGAUGCAGAUAAUGGCGAGAAGCUUCAUAGUUCAACUGGGCGUGUUGCAUCGCGUGAUAUAGUCCAGUUUGUUCCUUUUAGGGAUGUACAAGGUGGAGAAAUUUCGGUUGUUCGAUCACUUUUGGCAGAACUACCUUCACAAUUCUUAACCUACAUGAAAAACAAUGACAUUCAACCGAAAACAAAAUUACCUACAACAUAGUAAAACCAAUGCUUCCAGUCAUAUUCUUUGUACAAUAUUUAUAUUCCACUAUCAUGUCCCAUGGUACCCAACCGGACCAUGGAUCUACUGUUCAUCUCUUAUCUUUGUAUCCCCAUGAUCAAAGCGAGCUUGGUGGGCCAUCAAAAGUAGCCCACCAAACCAGCGCAAAUCAUGGUUUGUACAAAAUGAAACAUUGAUGUGUGCACCAAAGUUCAUUCGUACAUCAAAUUGUCUAAUGGAUCAGACCCGUUGAGCACGAGUCUACGCCAUAGCCGGUUGAUCAGAGGCUUGUGCCUGAUUUGUAAACUUUUUCCUAGGUUACUUGGGUUUUGUAUUUGUUGAUAAUUUAUUCAUGUGUUGUAUAUUACAGUUCACAUUUCAAGUUUCUCGAUAAUUACUUCUGUGUUUGAUAUGAUAUGUUGUGUUUUCCGUCA